AUGUCCCUCACCAACGCAUCUCCAGAGGCUGCCGCCAAGGAGGCAAAGACUGCUUCUUUCGCAUUAGCUUCCCUCCCGGCAUCGGCUCGAAACGCCGCCCUCGAAUCGAUCCACGCCGCUCUCGCAGCAGCCAAGGACGAAAUCCUGGCCGCUAAUGCGCGCGACCUCGCGCUUGCCAGGAAAGCCGCUGCCGACGGCUCGCUAAGUGAGGCAUUGGUAUCGAGAUUGGACUUGGGCAAGAAAGGCAAGUGGGAAGAUGUGCUCAAGGGCAUUCUGGACGUGAGAGAUUUGGAAGAUCCAGUUGGCAAGGUCCAAACGCGAACCAGGCUAGACGACGACUUGAUUCUGGAAAGAGUUUCCUGCCCCAUCGGCGUGCUGCUCAUCAUUUUUGAGGCCCGUCCCGAAGUCAUUGCCAACAUUGCAAGUCUCGCCAUCAAGUCCGGCAACGCCGCCAUUCUCAAAGGCGGAAAGGAAUCUACCGAAUCAUUCGUGGCCAUUUCAAAAGUCAUUUCCUCCGCCCUGGAGAAAACCGAGGUUCCCAACGGAGCCAUCCAGCUUGUCACGACCCGCGACGCCAUUGCUCAGCUUCUUGUCCAGGACAGACACAUUGACCUUGUCAUUCCCCGAGGGUCAAACGAGCUCGUCCGGUACAUUAAAGAGUCUACCAAAAUCCCCGUUUUGGGCCACGCAGACGGCCUCUGUGCCAUCUACCUGACUGCCACUGCAGAUCCGGAAAAGUCAAUCAGGGCCAUUGUUGAUGCCAAGACGAGUUAUCCCGCGGCGUGCAACAGUGUCGAGACCCUUCUGAUCCAGGACGCGGCCUUGAACACCUCCUUUCCCGGCGUGGCCGCCGCCCUGGUUGGCAAAGGCGUAUGCUUGCGUUGCGAUGCCGCCAGCAAAGCCGCUCUGGCGUCACUGAGCAGCGACGCCGUCCAAGAUGCCACCGAAGCAGACUUUAACACGGAAUUCCUGUCGCUGACGGUCGCCGUCAAGACCGUCUCUAGCCUCGACCAAGCCAUUGAGCACAUCAACACCCACGGCUCGCAUCACACAGACGCCAUUCUCACCUCGGAUGCAGCCGAAGCCGAAAAGUUUAUGAACCAGGUUGACUCUGCAGGCGUGUACUGGAACUCGUCUACCCGCGUGGCCGACGGUAUGCGGUACGGAUUCGGCACAGAGGUCGGCAUCAGCACCAACAAGAUCCAUGCCCGUGGACCUGUCGGUCUCGAGGGCCUCACCAUCUACAAGUACAAGCUGCGGGGUGAUUACCAGGCUACGGCCGGCUAUGGCGGCGGAGAGGGCCAGCGUCCCUGGAAACAUGAGAAGCUUUCAAUCGAGUGA